AUGAGUACGACGAAUGGGAUAAGCGGGCAUGGGAGGGAUACCCAUGCCACGGCGGUGUCAGGUGGUGGUAGGGCAGGCCACCCGCCGUCGUCAACCAACGACUGCCAGGAGUUUGGGGUAGGCAACCUGGCCCCAGCUCUGGAUAAUGCGUCAGGAAGUGCAUCGCAGGUAGGCGACCUGGCCUGCGGUGUGUCUAAUGCGUCAGGAAGAGCAGGUAGGGAUGAGGGCCACCUGGAGGAGUGGCAGAAGGCUGCUAGGGCGGCUGAAGGCAUGCGUUUUGCCGGACUCACCAUCAAACGGGAGACGCGGAAGGCGAAGCGUGCGAGGCCCGUAGUGUACUCGUCCGAGGAGGAUGAGUCGGUGUUAGACUGGCCCGUGCUGGGGGAAGGAGGACGAGCGGAGACCCCUGCCUUGUCUCAGGUGGAGACUGGUAGGGUGAUCGACACGCUGAAGGAGGCCUCCAUCGAUGCCGAAAGAGCCAGGCUGAGAUGCCGGAACCUCAAAGGAGACAUCUCGGGGGUAAUGAAGAGGACCCAUAGAAUAACUAUGGAGGGACUCAAGACCCUGAGAGUUAGGCUCCAAAACCGUGAAGAUGAUCCUCCGUCGGCGAAGGAAACAAUUGCGCAGCUGAAGGCUGAACUGAAAGCCAUGGAGCUGCGCAACAAGGAAGUGUCAGAGGAGAACACCCGCCUCAAAAGGGUAAUCAAGAGGAUGGAAACUCCCUUGGUUGCCAAAACGAAGGAUAGGACCCCGGACGCAAGGCAUUCAGACGGGUCGGUGAAGGCACUGGCGGAGGCUGUCCGCAGUGUGCAGCAACAGCUGCAGCAAGUACAGCAGCAACAACAGCAACAACUGCAGCAAGUACUGCAACAGCUACACCAACAGCCGCAGCGGCAACAGCAGCAGCGUCAGCCGCAGCCGCAGAGACAACAGCAGCAGCAGCAAUAA